AUGGCGUCGUCGUCUUUGAAAAGAGUCUCUGGGUUUCAGCAACCACCACUUUCACCACCAUCGGGAGGAGUUACCGCUGAUUCGAGAGGAGAAGAAGACGAAGAAGACAAAGACGAGAAAUCAUCAUCCAAAGAAGUGGGGGCGGCGGCGAAAACUGUUUUUAUUGAAGACGCGUCGGAAAACGCGAAACAGUGGAUGAUGGCGGGACUUCCGCCGCUGCCGACGACUGACAAAGAGGUGAAGAAAGAGCUGAACAAACUCAUGCGACAGGAGAGUUUUACGACUUCUGCGACGACCGAGAAUAAAAAAACGAAUGUAAGCCGCCAGCAGGAGGUGUCGAAGCAAACGCAAAACUAUUAUUAUUCGUCCGAUUCGGACGUGCCACAAAACGCGACGAAUACGACGAUGAACAAAUUUAAUAACAAACAGACGAGCGCAUUGACCUCGAAUUUACGACGCGUAGAUUCGACGUUGUUAGCGAACACGGUGAUGUGCAGGCCAGAGGACGAUCCGGACGCGAGAUUGGAAGAGAGCAGUACUACCGCCAAGGACGGGAAAACGCAGACGACGAUGAAAAAGUUGACGCCGGAGGAUUUCGAGGCGUUGUAUCUCGUCGGCCAAGGCGCGUUCGGGAAAGUGUUUCAAGUGAGGAAGAAAGAUACCGGGGUUCUGUACGCGAUGAAAGUGAUGAAGAAAGAGGUGGUGAUUGCGAAAGAGCAGAUGGAAUAUACGAAGCAAGAGAGGGACAUUUUGACGAGCAUCACGCACCCGUACGUGGUAAAGUUACGAUUUAGUUUCCAAACCGCGACGAAGUUGUAUUUAGUUUUAGAUUUUAUCAACGGUGGGCACUUGUUUUAUUGGAUGUAUCGAGAAGGGAUGUUUGACGUUGGAUUGACGAGAUUUUACAUCGCGGAAAUCGUCUGCGGGAUUGGACAUUUGCACUCGCUGAACAUCAUGCACAGAGAUUUGAAACCGGAGAAUAUUUUAGUCGAUAGGGAAGGACACGUGAGAAUUACCGAUUUUGGUUUAGCGAAGAAGUUUAGCAGCGACGGCGAGAAAGCGAACUCGUUGGUUGGGAGCAUCGAUUACAUGGCGCCGGAAAUUUUGAAAGAUAAAGGUCACGGGAAAGAGGCGGAUUGGUGGUCCGUCGGCGUUUUGUUGUACGAGAUGUUGAUUGGGCAGUUACCUUUUCGAGGAAAAAAUAAAGCGGCGAUACAAAAGGCGAUCACGUCGCAAAAGAUUAAAAUGCCGACGUUCGUGGAAAACGACGCGGCGAAAUUGAUUCAGAAUUUAACCAUGAAAGAUCCGAAUUUACGUUUAGGAAGCGACGUGAAUCUGAAGAAAGAUUCGACGUCUAAAAACGGCACCGAGGAGGUGAAGAAACACAAGUUUUUUUCGAAAAUCAACUGGGCGAAGCUCGAAAAACGAGAAGUCCCGGCACCAUUCGUGCCGAAAAUUGACCAAGAUAAAGGGGACGGGUGCGUGGCACACUUUGAUAAGAAGUGGACGGACGCGAAAGUCCACGCCGAAGCCGAAUCCGCGGCGGCGAGUCCGAGCUCGGCGGAGCAACACCAUUUUCUCGGAUUCACGUACGUUUCGCCCACUCAAUUGGCGUAUUUUGGGAGUAAGAUGAGCAUAGAUGAAAACGAAAGGUUUGAUGGUGAUGAUGAUGAUGAGGAGGACGACGACGAUUUGAGAAAACUUACCGCCGCGACGAGGAAUAUGAACAUGAAUAAUAAUAAUAAUACUAAUACGAAUAGGAACAGCAAAAGCACCAAGAAGAACAACAACGGCAACAACAACAACAACAACAAAAACGACGGCGGGGACGAGGAACUUUCGUUCGACUCCGACGAAGAAACCGCUCUGGACGGUUUGAAUAACGAUACCACCAUCAACUCCACCUUUGAGAACGACAAUCGGUCUUCUUCGAAGAGCAGUAGUUUAUCUUCCUCUCGCGACGAAGAAGACGACGCCAUCAGACAAAGGUUUCAACAACGAACCCCACCGCCUCGUCCCAACAGCAACAACACCACCAGCGACGCCGCCGCCUCGAGCAGCGCCAACACGAGCGGAAGAACGACACCAAUCUCCGUGAACAAACCAAAAGAAGGAAGCCGAAGCCAGUCGCCUUGGAUGCGGUAG